GUAAAUUCAUUUAAUGAUUUAUUUUUAUUUUUAUCUCAUUUAAUAUUUUAACAACUAAUGAAAAAUCGCGCGUACAGUUCUAAGUCGCAUAUAUUCGCGAUUAGUGGAUAGACUUAUAUUCUAGUGAAAGGUGUGUGAUUUAAGGAGUGAAUAGUGUGAACGUGUAAUAUAGUGUUUAUAUUCGGUGGAGGAUUAUUCACUGUCUACAAACGAUUGUUUGGUUCCUCUACAAAGGGGGUUCAAGAAGAACACAGAACAGAACAGAACAGAUGGCGGAGCGUAUCGCAUUACUGUCGUUUUUACUCGAUGAAUUCGCCGAUAAUUCGGAAAUAGAACAGAUUCAGAUAAAUAACUCGAUUGCAUAUGCUCAUAUUCAAGUCAUACCAGGUGUGUUGUUCCAUGAGAGAAAUGAGCCAGUUAGGGUGGAAGGCUAUGCUGAGCAAAUUGUUCCACUCUAUACAGACAUAGAUUUCAGGUCACAUUUCCGACUACAAAGGUCAACCUAUCAGGAACUCUGUGAAGCUGUGGCACCUUUUAUGGUACGUGAGCGAUCAAUGUCUGUGGACAAAAGAAUAUUGGCAACUUUGUGGAUGCUUGGGAACCAAGAAUCGUACAGGAGCGUGGCUGACCGAUUUGGAAUAAGUAAAGGAACUUUACAUCUUACAGUCAUUGCAACAUGUAGAGUAUUGUCUGUGAUGAUGGAGCAGCACAUCAAAUUUCCGGAAUCUCGGCAUGAGCUUAAGACCAUUGCCGAUGGAUUUCAGCAACGAUGUGGAAUGCCUGGUGUUGUAGGGGCUGUUGACGGGACUCACAUUGCAUGUCCUGCUCCAAUAUCGGAGCAUAGGUCCUCAUUUUUCAACAGGAAAGGGUUCGCCAGUUUAGUUCUCCAAGUAGUAUGCGACAGCAAUUUGAAAUUUUUGGACAUAUACACAGGAUGGCCAGGUUCUGUUCACGAUGCCCGUGUAUAUAGGAACAGUCCAGUGGCACAAAAAAUUGAAAAUCUCCCAGAUGAGUUCCAUGUGCUCGGGGAUUCAGCGUACCCCCUGACAAGACAUCUCCUUGUUCCAUAUAGAGAUAAUGGACAUUUAGAUCAAUUACAAAAAAAAUUUAACAAGUGCCAUUCGUCGACAAGAGUUGAUGUGGAACGUGCCAUUGGUCUAUUGAAAUGUAAAUUCCGGCGGCUGGAAUACUUGGACAUGCUCAUGGAGCUGGAGAUACCCGUCGUGAUCUCUGCUUGUUGUGUCCUUCACAACUUCAUUCUGCAGAGAGAGUCAGACACAGAACCUGAGGAUUUUGUGUUGAAAUAAAUGGAAUUAUAUUACUCUUGUCUUUUUGUGUUGAUUUUGAAAGUAAUUCAUGUUUAGGGAUGGAAAGUGCUUUUUUAAUACCUGUAUUUAUAAUAGAUUGUGGAUAUUUUCUUUGAAUAAGGGAAUGCUUAAGUUCAUUUAAACGUUUUAGUUUAAUUUUAUCAUUCGAAAAAAUAAAGAACUGUUUGGCGUAUUAAAAAACAACAUUGACAUUUUACAAACAGACCCGGUUAUGAAUAAAAUAAUUUCAAAUCAGAAGAUAAUAAAAUGUAAGCGACAGCCACCUAAUUUAAAACGUCUGUUAACCAAAUCUUACUUUUCAUCUCAAGAACCAAGAGUAUCCAAAUGUAAUGACCCUAGAUGCGCCCUGUGUGGUUAUAUUAUUGAAGGUAAUUCUUUUGAUUUUAAUGGCAAAAUGUUCAAAAUAAAAACUAAUAUGUCAUGUGAUAUACAAAAUGUGAUUUAUGUAUUAGUAUGCAAUGGAUGCAAACAAUAUUAUAUAGGCCAAACUGGCGAUAAACUUAGAAAUAGGCGAUCUGUCCAUGAACAACAAAUGCGAGACCCCUCAACAAGACAGAUGCCUUUAAGUAAACAUUUAGAUGAAUAUUCACAUAAUGAACCAAAAUUUAAAAUAUUUCCAUUUUAUAAGCUAUUUUCGAACAAUAUUUCAGCUAGGUUAGCAAAAGAACAACAUUUUAUACAUGUAUUUAAACCCAAAUUAAAUUUCAUUUAAUAUUUAUUGACGUUAUGACGUCAUAAUUGAUAUGACGUUAUCUCCAUGACAUUUUGACGUUGUAAUAU